AUGUCGUCCGACGCCCCGCGCCCUGGCAGCAGCUCAUCGCCGAGCAAGAUGGCGCAGAAGAUUGAGGCCGCGCAGUCCAUGGAUGGGAUGCUAUCGGGCUACCCGCAGUUCACGCCCAAGCACAAGUCGCUCAUGGCCAAGCACCUCUCGCGCGAGCUCUACACCAAGCUCAAGGACCUCAAGACCUCGACAGGCUACACGCUCGAGCGCGCGAUCCAGACCGGCGUCGACAACCCGCAUCUCGGCGUUGGCAUCACGGCCGGCGACGAAGAGUCGUACGUGAUCUUCAAGGAAAUCUUCGACCCGGUCAUUGAGGGUUGGCACGGCUACAAGAGCGACGCGGUGCACAAGCGCGACUUGGACCCGACGCACUUGAAGGACGCCAAGAUGCCCGACGAGUACAUCAUCUCGACGCGUAUCCGGGCGGGCCGCAACAUCCGCGGCAUGCCGCUGCCACCCUCGACGUCCCGCGCCCAUCGCAAGGACGUCAUGAACCUCCUCGACUCGGCGCUCACGGCCAUGGACGGCGACCUCAAGGGCAAGUUUUACAAGCUCGCCGACAUGACGCCCGCCGACGAGCAAAAGCUCAUCGACGACCACUUUCUCUUCCAAAAGCCCGGUGGGGGUACGCUCUUGGCGGCGGCCGGCGCUGCGCGCGACUGGCCCAGCGCACGUGGCAUCUUCCACAACGACGAAAAGACGUUUCUUGUCUGGUGCAACGAAGAAGACCACAUGCGCGUCAUCUCGAUGCAGAACGGCGGUGACAUCGGCUCGGUCUUUGAACGCUUCUGCCGCGCCGUCAAGUCGGUCGAAGACAGCAUCAAGGCAAAGGGUCGCGAGUUCAUGUACGACGACCACCUUGGUUUCAUUGGCACGUGCCCGUCGAACCUCGGCACGGGUCUCCGCGCCAGUGUCAUGAUCAAGCUGCCCAAGCUCAGCGAGGACCUCGAGCGCUUCGAGAAGCUCUGCGGGCUCUUGAACCUCCAGCCACGCGGCAUGAACGGCGAACACUCGGCGUCGGUCGGCGGCGUCUACGAUGUCUCGAACAAGCAGCGCAUUGGGUACUCGGAAGCCGAGCUCGUCCAGACGAUGAUCAACGGCAUUCGUCUCCUCAUCGAUCUCGAAAAGAAGCUCGAGGCUGGUGAGUCCAUCGACGGUCUCUUGCCGACCGAGCGCAAGGCCAGCAUCGAUGUCAAGCCGUCGAGCGAGGUCAACUAUCCGGACUUCACGCCCAAGCACAAGUCGCUUAUGGCCAAGCACUUGACCAAGGAGCUAUACGACAAGCUCAAGGACCUCCGCACGAAGAAGGGGUACAGCCUUGACGAUGCGAUCCAGACGGGCCUCGACAACCCGCAUUUGGGUGUCGGCGUCGUCGCUGGCGACGAAGAGUGCUACACACUCUUCAAAGACCUCUUGGACCCUGUCAUUGAAGGCUGGCACGGCUUCAAGGCCGACGCCAAGCACAUUACCGACAUGGACGUCUCGAAGCUUGUGAACGCCGACAAGCUGGACAACAACUACAUUGGCUCGACCCGCGUCCGCGCCGGACGCAACAUAAAGAACCUCAGCCUCCCACCCGGCACGACGCGCUCGGAGCGGCUCCAGGUCGAGCACCUCAUCUCAACGGCGCUCACGGCCAUGGAAGCCGAGCUCACCGGCAAGUACUUUCCUCUUGGCAACAUGUCGAAAGAGGAGGAAGACCAGCUUCAGAAGGACCAUUUCCUCUUCCAAAAGCCCGGCGGCGGCACGCUCCUCACGGGUGCCGGCGCCGCCCGCGACUGGCCGAGCGGGCGCGAAGACCACAUGCGCGUCAUCUCGAUGCAAGACGGCGGUGAUAUUGUCUCGGUCUUCGCGCGCUGGGUCAAGGGCGUCAAGGCCGUCGAGGAGUCGAUCAAGAAGAACGGCUACGAGUUCAUGCACAACGAACACCUCGGGUUCCUUGGCACGUGCCCGUCCAACCUCGGCACGGGUCUCCGCGCGAGUAUGUUUGUCAAGCUCCUCAAGCUCGGCGAGGACGUCCACAAGCUCGAAACGAUCUGCUCGUCGCUGGGCCUGCAGCCGCGGGGGUCGGCCGGCGAGCACAGCGCGGCCGUCGGCGGCAUGUGGGACGUCUCCAACAAGGCGCGCAUUGGCAAGUCCGAGGUCGAGCUCGUCCAGACCAUGAUCGACGGCGUCGGCAAGCUCAUCGAGCUCGAGAAGGCCAUGGAAGGCGGCAAGACCAUCGACGCAAUCAUGGCCGAUCUCAACCUCGCAUAAGAUUGCUUGUAAAUUCCGACAGUAUAACCGAAAGAAAGAAAACCUGUGUACACACCAUUGAGAUAGACGAGUAUUUCUUUAAAAACUUGUCCCAAUCGUUGC